CGCCUCCUCUCCUCGUCUUCCCCUUCCCCGCACACACACGCUCGCUCGCCGCACCGCACCGCACCCAUGGCUCCCCCUCUCUUCGCCGCCGCCUCCUCGCACGCAUCCCUCCUCCUCCCCUCCCCCUCCCCCACCGUCCACGGAUCUCGCCGCCCCUUCUGCCUCCCUCUCCGCUCCCGCCGCCCGCCCGUCGUAGCGGCACCAGCCUCAGGCCGCCUCCAGGAACCGGGCAUCCCCGACGAGUGGGGCGACCGCUCUCCCUCCGCACCCGAGCCGCCCUCCCAGCCCGACCCACCCAUCGACGACGACGAGUGGGGCCGCGCCUCCGCCGAGGGGAACUCCCGCCCCGCCCCCGUCACUGACGAGUGGGGCGAGCCGGGGGUGCCCGAGCUCCAGUCCACCUCCGCCGCCGAUCCUCCUACCAACGACGACGAGUGGGGAGGGGAUCCGGCGCCGGCGCCAGCGCCUGCGCCUGCGCCCGCGCCCGAGGAGGAAGACGGGGAGGAGAGGCGGGAGGAGCUCAAACGCUGCUUGGUGGACACCGUGUACGGCUCCGACCUGGGAUUCCGCGCGUCCGCUGAGGUCAGGGGGGAGGUGCUGGAGCUCGUCACCCAGCUCGAGGCCGCGAAUCCCACGCCUGCACCCGUCCAGGCCACCGACCUCCUCGACGGCAACUGGAUCCUCAUAUAUACAGCAUAUUCUGAGCUUCUACCUAUCCUAGCGGUCGGAGCAGCACCAUUGUUCAAAGUCGACGAGAUAUCACAAGAAGUUGACACAAAAAGCAUGACCAUAGUCAAUGCCUCAACUAUCUCAAGUCCAUUUGCUUCGCUUUCAUUCAGCGCAACUGCUUCUUUUGAUGUACAGAGUCCAUCAAGAGUUCAGGUCCAAUUCAAAGAGGGAAGUUUUCAGCCGCCGAAGAUAUCAUCAUCGGUAGAUCUGCCUGCAGAGGUUGAUAUAUUUGGGCAGAAAAUCAGCUUGGGGCCAGUCCAACAGGUGCUGAACCCUCUGCAGCAAGCCUUUGCAAGCAUUGCAGGGUCCAUUUCUGGGCAGCCACCCCUCAAGUUACAGAUUCCUGGCAACAACAGGGGCCGGUCCUGGCUCUUGACGACCUACCUUGACAAGGACCUCAGGAUCUCCAGAGGAGACGGGGGACUCUUUAUUCUUGUCAAAGAGGGUAGUCCUCUACUAGAUCAACUGUAGAUAUAUCAUGUAAUAGGUUACUAUGACAAAGCUACACACCGUUUCCUUCCCCUGAAAA